AUGGACACAUUCGAUGACCCUGACGGGCUCGUCGACUUAAACGGAUUAGACCAUCUGGAAAACGCCCAAUUAUCUGGACCGAAUCUGCUUAAUAGACCCAUAAAACUCGGUCCCGACGACCCAGAGAGGCCUGAUAACCCUUACGGGUCACCCGACUUUGAUGGAACAGACCAUCCAGACAGGCCCAAAGAUGCAGACGUGCAUGACUACCGGGACGGGCACGACCACCCGAACGGCCUCGACGACUUGGAUAGACCCUACCAUCCAGACAGACCCAAAGAUCCGAACAGGCAUGAUGACCCGGACGGGCACGAUGACCCAAACGGGCUAGGCGACUCGGACAGACAUGACGACUCGGAUGAGCCCGACGACCUCGAUGUGCCCGAUGACCUCGAUGUGCCCGACAACACGGACGGGUCGUCAGACCCUUCAGGGUCGUUCCGGGUCGUCGGGUCGAUCAAGCCCAACGAAUCAAACAAGCAAGAUGACCCAAAUACGCCGAACAACCCAGACCUGCCCGAUAAACCUAACAUGCCUGAUGAUACAGAUAAGCCCAACGACCGAGAUGGUCCCGACCACUCAAACGGGCCCAAUGACCUGGUCGGUCCCGACGACCUGGACGUGCCCGACGAACUUGACGAACCAGAUGGACCUGACAACCCACUUAGCCCGACGACCUAG